AUGUCAUAUUAUGAAGAUGAUAAUGAAUGUAAAAGAUGUGGAGAACAUAAUGAUUAUCAAUGGGGAUGGUGCAAAUCAUGUCAAAUAAAUGAUUUUAAAAAAAAUUUCACAAAUUGGACCAGUGGAAAUGAAAAAAUUGAUAGUUUAAUUCAGAAAAAGCAAUUAGAAAUUAAUAAAUCUUUUGAUAUUAUAAUUGAAUGGAUAUCAUAUGAUCAGUUUGAUGAUAUUAAAGAAGAACAAAGUAUGAAAGUCAAUUUUAAAUUAUAUAAAUCACAAAAUAUUAAUGGAUUUCUAAAUGAGGUAUUAUUCUGUUGUAUUGGAUAUUUUGGACAAAUGGAAGACCAAAAAGCAGCUGAAAUUUCUGUAUCAAUUAAGUUAUUUAUCGGCUGCUAUAAAAGGGAUGAAGCUGGUUUUGAAGAUUAUAUAGUAGUUAAAAAGGAACAACGACAUUAUGAAAUUGAAAAACGAUUCAAAGAAGCAGAAGAAUACAGAAAAUCACAUCUCACAUCAUAUGAUGAAAAUAAACGAUUAGUUGCUCAUCCACAAGCUAUUUAUGCAUCACGAUUACUUAAUCCAUUUACAAAAAAUAUCUCAAAAUAUGAUAAUGUUGACAAUAACACGAUUAUAAAUCAAGGAUGAUACGACAGAACGAAUAAAUUUAUUUUUAGCAUGAUAAGUUAGCUAGGUUGAAAAUAACCCAUAGUAUUAUAUUAUUUACUCUUAUUUUAUAUAUUUUGUUCAACACUUGAUUAUAGAGUACAUGUAAAAUUUACUUUUACAAAAAUAAAAUCAGUUUGUAAUUGAGCAAAUAUCUU